AUGAUGUGCCGUUUUACUGUGCAUGUGACAGAUGUUCCAGCCUUAGGAGACGAUGAAGAUGGGGAGGAUGUGGCUGAUGACACAGCCGCCGGCAACCCCACCCCCUCCAUCUCCUGGCUGAAGAAUGGCAAGGAAUUCCGAGGGGAGCAUCGCAUAGGGGGCAUCAAGCUUAGGAACCAGCACUGGAGCCUGGUCAUGGAGAGUGCGGUGCCUUCUGAUAGUGGCAACUACACCUGCAUGGUACAGAAUGAGUUUGGCAGCAUUCAGCAGACUUACACACUGGAUGUGCUGGAGCGCUUCCCACAUCGGCCCAUCCUGCAUGCUGGGCUGCCAGCGAACCAGACAGCCACUCUAGGCAGUGACGUAGAGUUCCACUGCAAGGUGUAUAGUGAUGCCCAACCACACGUCCAGUGGCUGAAGCAUGUUGAGGUGAAUGGCAGCAAGAUGGGCCCUGAUGGGAAGCCCCAUGUCACCGUACUCAAGACAUCAGGCAUUAACACUACCGACAAGGAGCUAGAAGUUCUGUCCUUGCGCAAUGUCACCUUUGAGGACUCAGGGGAGUACACCUGCCUGGCAGGCAAUUAUUUCGGGUUUUCCCAUCACUCUGCAUGGCUGGAGGUGCUGCCAGGUACUUGCUUCUGCUGCUGCUGUGCCUGUCCUCUUCUGCUGGCUCAGAACAUAACAAAGCUGCUGCCAGGGACACAGGUGACCAUGGAGUCCUACUCCUCCAUGAACUCUGACAUACCCCUGGUCCACAUCGUCCGCCCAUUCUCAAGAGAACAUACUGUUAUGGCAAUAGUUGAGCUUGAGCUGCCUGCUGACCCAAAGUGGGAAAUAUCUAGAACUCGGCUGACACUCGGCAAUCCUCUGGGAGAAGGCUGCUUUGGCCAGGUUUUUAUGGCAGAGGUUAUUGGCCUUAACAUGGACAGCACUGCCAAGCCUGUCACCGUGGCUGUGAAAAAGCUGAAAAAUGAUGCCAAUAACCAGGACUUGUUGGCUCUGGUGUCUGAGAUGGAGAUGAUGAAGAUUAUUGGCAAGCACAAGAAUAUUAUCAACCUGCUGGGGGCCUGCACACAGGGUGGGCCACUGUAUGUGCUGAUGGAGUAUGCAUCCAAGGGCAACCUAAGGGAGUUCCUGCGGGCACAAAGACCCCCAGGCAUGGACUACUCUGACACCUCCAGACUGGCAGAACAACAGCUUACCUGCAAAGAUCUAGUGUCCUGUGCCUAUCAGGUGGCCCGGGGCAUGGAGUACCUGGCUUCUCAGAAGUGUAUUCACAGAGACUUGGCUGCCCGAAACGUGCUGGUGACUGAGGACAAUGUGAUGAAGAUUGCAGACUUUGGCCUGGCUCGUGAUGUGCACAACCUGGAAUACUACAAGAAGACCACAAAUGGCCGGCUACCUGUGAAAUGGAUGACACCAGAGUCCCUGUUUGACCGAGUCUACACCCACCAGAGUGAUGUCUGGUCCUUUGGAGUCCUUCUCUGGGAGAUCUUUACACUGGGGGGCUCACCAUAUCCUGGCAUCCCACCGGAAGACCUUUUCAAGCUAUUGAAAGAGGGCUACCGAAUGGACAAGCCUGCCAACUGCACACAUGACCUGUGA